GCGGAAGUGAGCGGGGCGCGGCUCGGAAGCGUCAUUUCCGUGGAGCCGGGACCUGAGCAGAGACCAUGGCCGAGACCGACCCGAAGACUGUGCAAGAGCUCACCGCCGUGGUGCAGACAUUGCUUCAGCAGAUGCAGGACAAAUUUCAAACCAUGUCUGACCAGAUAAUUGGAAGAAUUGAUGACAUGAGCUGUCGCAUAGAUGACCUGGAGAAGAACAUAGCAGACCUCAUGACGCAGGCGGGAGUGGAAGAAUUGGAAGGCGAGAACAAGACCCCUGCUACUAACAAGAGUUAAAAGCUGCCAGUAACUUAAGAGGAAUCCUGGAAGACAUCUUUGUCUUUUUCUACAAGUCCUUGGAAUUACAGAAGAGCUUUUUGCAACUACCGUGUGCAAAAGCAUUUUUAUAUUGUUACAGAGCUUGCAUUCCUAAUGUAUAUUGUAUAGUCAGGGAUAGGUUAGUUUAUCUUUUGAUUUGUGUACUGUAAUUUCACUUUUGGAAAUCUUGUUAUGAGGAUCAAUUAGUUGUGUUAUUAAAACACAGAUCUUAUGGAUCUCAACUACUGGGUGAUGUCACUUCUUUCACUUUCUUACACUUUUUCUAGAUGUUUCAUUUUUGAUAGCUAAACAUCUGGUGACUCCCAUCACAUGGAAAUCUUAAUGUGUCCUAUGUAACUUUGUGGAGUGAAGCACAAGACUAAAACAUAGCACUAAUCUUAGCUCUGAGCAUCAGUGACUCAACUAGUUGAGGACUAUGUGUUGUUUUCUCAUAGAUAUAAUAAGGUGAUUUUGGAAACAAGGCACUGAACAUCACAGUCGUGUCUCGUGCUCCUGGUAUUACCUUACCUGUGUGUCCCUAGAGCAGAAACCAGAAACAGAGGUGUAACAUUAGAGGCAUUUGUACACAGCUGAGCAACCACUGCCAUACAAAUCUGUUCUAUUUAGACAGACAAGGAACUGUUAACUAUGAAAUCUCUCACUAUGGGAUUUAAGGUUUUUAACACUGAAACUCUUACUUUGAAACUCGCCAUAUGUCAUUUGGCAUCACCUUAGAACAGUAACUAGUGACACUGGACUGAACAGGGAUGGGAUUGCAGGAGUGUCUGUACGUAGUCUUUCAGUUUAAAUCUGUGGGUGGUUGUACAAAAGAGUUUGCUGACAAAGCAAGGAUAUGCUGAGCAACAGAAAAGGAGAGAAUUAUGAAGCCUUGCUUCUCUGAGUAACAACUAACUGGAGCUGUUCAAAGUGCUUGGUGCAGGAAGGUGUUUGUUUUUAUAAUGAUAUCCACAUUUAUAGGCCUGGAGUUUAAUGGAUUACAUUAGAGUAUUUUGCCAAUAAGAAGUCUGUACUAUGUCACUUGUGAAGAAAAAUGACCAAUGUCUGACAUACUGACAAUCAUUGCAGUGCUCCUCCAGCUCUAAAUAUAAAUCUAAGGAAGCACUAGUGGCAGACAGCAGUUACAUGUGCACUGCACUUCAGGCUGCUCUUUGAAUGCCACCAAAUCAGCACCUGUGUCUUGUGGAAGCAACAUGACAGGUCAUUUUUCAAAACUGAGGGGAAAUUGUAAUGAAAGUUAAUAACAGGGGAAUUUUGUGAAUAUAAGAAAUGUAUCAAUAUGCCUUGUAACAGCCUUGGGCUCUUUGUAAUGUCAUUUAAAAAAAUCUAAUAAACUAUUAUGUGGUAACAAAGAGUCAGGUCAUAUAUAUUAAA